GUCUGCAGCACCAGCAUCAGCAUCAGCAGUGUUUGUAAAGGCGCUUUGUGCAUCGCUAAUCCGCUCUGAUGUCACGGUGCAGGAGGAGGGGCUGAGCUCUCCGCGUUUAAUCCCGAGCAAGUUGUCUGGAGCGACAAGCCGAGCCGAGCCGAGCCGAGCUGAGCGAGCAGGCAACGGGAGCAGGGGCGAUGUGUACUGCAGCAGCCGGACCCGGGCCUCUCCUCCUCUGACAUGCAGGCUGUGCUAUGAGCAGGAUUUUCUUGGAGACAAGAGGAGCAUGUUCUGAAAAUUGGAGUCGGAUCACGCCCCAGCCAUGAGCCACAAGUAUCAGGGAGAGGCAUCCGGGGAAGCAGGUGAGGAGCACAAGGUGCCUCCGAGGAGCAGGCAGCCCAACGGGACGACCCCCGGGGAGCCUCCCGUACGUCGAUCCUGGAGGCCAUGUCAGAUGCUCAACCAGGAUGGAGAACCCAAUCCCCAUCAUCAUCAUCACCAUCACCCUCCUCACCACCACCACCACCCACCCACCGGUCGCGGACCCCCUCGGCAUCGCCGGCGGCCUCCGUCAGGGCAAGGGCAGGGGCAGGGCCAAAACCAGGCUCAGAGUCCUGGUCUGGUCCCGGCGGUGGCUCCUUCCAAGCCGGAUGGAGGAGAGAGUCGAGACACUGAGCCUCGUCCAGUCCAGCAACCCCGCCCUGCUGUGGCCCGUUACCGCCGUCAUGGCGACCCUAACCCCAGGUUCAGAGGUCACAGACAGAGACGACCAAUCGGAGAGACGAAGGACUCUUCACCUGGUGCAGAUGAGAGAGAAGUUCAGGCAGAAGUGCAGGUACAGCAACACUCGUCAGAUGAUCCUGUAAUGGACCAUUCGCAGGACAGGGGACCUCCUCACCAAACCCCCGUUGCUGUUGUCACCCCCACCCACCUCUCACCUGGUCCUGCAACCCAUAGCAUGCAACUGCACCCCCGACACACUCCUCCUGCUGAGGCGGAGGAAGAUCUCCAGGACUGUAAAGGGGAGUGUGAAGAGGAACCUGAGGAAGUUAAGGAGAAGGACAAAGAACAAGAACAGGCAGAGGAUGAUGGAGAUUGCCAUGACGACAUGCAGACAGUGGAUGACGAAGCUGAGGACCGUGUGGAGAGGGUGGAGGAGGAUCAGGAAGAAGUGAUGGAUGACGUAGCGGAGGACAUUGCAGCUCAGGGAAGUGAAAUCACUGAUCUCUGCUCCGACACGGAGAGUGCCGCCUCGCUCAGUAUGGACGGACCUCUCCACAGCCCACCGCCCCUCCAGUCACCAACUCCUCCUUCAUCCCCAGACGUUCCACCCUUCCCCCAGCUUGACCACUUCAGUGAGGACACCAGUUUGAGCCCUCUGCCUGACACCGACCUGCUACCUGAAGAAGAAGAUGAGGACGACGAUGAGGAUUGCUCUGAGUCGUGCUCGCUGUCUCACUUCACUUCCAGCUCUGAAUCUUAUCCAAAAACCUAUGCAGACUUUUAUUCAGAGUCCCACCAAAAAUCCUACCCCGAGCCUGUUUACGAGUCGUACUCAGAGCCAAAAUCCCAUCCUAACUCUUUUCCUGAGCCCCUUAAGACCUCCUACCCCGAGUUACACAGAGAACCUCGCAGGCAAUCUGGUUGGAGGACUGAGCCUAAUGAGGCCCAGCAGGAGUCCCACCAAGAGCCCUUUACCAGCCAUAGACAGGAGAAUGUACAAAAAGGGGCUCUGUCCUCCCCCACCAAGGGCUCCCAUUAUUCCACAAGGCAGGGUAGAGACCGCGGUUCCCAUCACUCCCCUCUGGACCGCUCAGUUGGCUGCCGGCUGCACCACUACGACGAACAGUCCGACGGUGAGGGGGACAGCGCCGAUCAAAGCCCCGUUCCCAAAAGUUGCAGGCAGGCACCUAGACAAGCAGAAACCCAGGCCAAGAGCCCUUCGUCUAUGCAGAGCGGCUCAGGCGAGGCCCAGGAGGAGUGCAACACUGUGGCCUUCCCAGGGGAGGAAGGCUCGAGGGGCUCAGGAGACGCCAUCAGCCUGGCCAUUAAAGACAUUAGGGAGGCAAUUGAGGAGGUGAAGACUAAGACAGUGCGCUCCCCCUACACACCUGACAAGCCUGUGGAGCCGAUUUGGGUGAUGAGGCAGGAGGUCAGUCCCACAGAGGACGUUUACCCUCUGCAGACUACAGCUGACCAUUUGCCUCCUCACUCCCCCUCACAGUCAGUUUCUGAGUCUCCGUCCCGCUACGCUUCAGUUCCAGCUCGGGAACCGGUAAGUCCGCUGAGAGUUGAGUCAGCCAGAGCGUUUCCUCCUCAGCAUUAUCACCAACAGCAGCCCCAACACAACCAUCCCCACCACCAAGGCCACCAUCCACAGCAGAGGGACAACGCGAGGCCGCCUCAGACAUACACAAAGCCACAACCGUAUGCACACGUGCCGCCUAAUCAGCAUCAACAACGUCAACAUCAGCAUCAACAACAGAUGCAACAUCAACAACAGCAUCAGCAGCCUCCAGCUCAGCAGCCUCGUCCACAAGUUCAGCCACUGACGCCUCCACAGCCGCCGUCUGUCCAGGAGAUUCGCAGAUCUCUUCCUCAGUUUCCAACGUUUGUGGAUGUCCCGGGACCAUGUGAUCCUGAAGACCUUAUUGAUGGCAUCAUCUUUGCAGCAACCUACCUGGGCUGCACCCACCUGCUGUCAGAAAGGACACCCACAAAGAGUGCCCGAAUGCAGCAGGCCCAGGAAGCCAUGAACAGAGUACGAGCUGCUCAGAAGCAGGCGAAGAACAGGAAAAAGAGCCCCGACGGGGAGGCUCCGUCCACUGCUGAGGUUGAUCUGUUCAUGUCAACACAGAGGAUCAAAGUCCUCAAUGCAGACACUCAGGAGUCUUUAAUGGACCUGCCACUGAGGACGAUCUCCUACAUCGCUGACAUCGGUAACAUGGUGGUGCUGAUGGCCCGGGGGAAGAUGGUGCGUUCCCGCAGCGCACAGGAAAACCUGGACCACACAGCUGAGCAGACCACCAUGACCCACGACGACAGGCGGCUGUACAGGAUGAUCUGCCACGUGUUCGAGUCCGAGGAUAUCUGCAGCCUGAUGAGAGGAGGAAUCGCUGAGAGAGGAGGCGUCCGCGUCGGCCACCGCAUCAUCGAGAUCAACAGCCAGAGUGUCGUGGCGACGCCUCACGAGAAGAUCGUUCAGAUUCUGUCUAAUGCCAUGGGAGAGAUCCACAUGAAGACGAUGCCUGCAGCCAUGUACCGUCUGCUGACAGCACAGGAGCAACCUGUCUACAUCUGAACACACUCACAGCAUUACUCUAUCUUUACUACUGUCCAUCCAUCCUUUCAGUUGUUUUAACCACCUUUCUCCUCUCUCUAUCCUGUUUGAUAUCACUUGACUUGCCUUAAUCUGUACAGUACACUGUCAUGUAAACAUGUACAUCUACAGUAUGACAGCAGAAAACAGAUUAUCUCACUAGGCCGAGUGUUAAUGUGACGUGUUAUGUUCGACCAAAGAGAAAUCGUGGAUUUUAUUGUGUGUAUUUAGGUGGCAAGCAGAGUAAAUAUUACCUUUGGUUAAAUAGCUGUAAUAUCUGAAUGUACUCUAAUCAUGUUGGACCUAUACAUUGUCAGGGCGGAGGUCAGGUUAAAGGGGAAUG